UUUCUAAAAGGAAAUACCCUGAUUUAAUAUUACCUAAAACAACAAAAUGAACGACUCAAAAAGUCCGACCCGUCAGAGAUAAAGUUUCAUUACAUAUUAAUGUUCACGGCUCACUAAUCCAAGAAAAUCCCAAAUAUGGGGACAUAAACGGGACAAAAGUUAUAAAGAGCUUUAUGUUGUCUGUCUGCCGUGUGCCGCAGGUUUUCGGGAAGAGGGCGAGGCGAAAGUGACGGAGAGCUACGAGUACGACCUCAUCGGCGUGACGGUGCACACGGGCACCGCAGACGGCGGUCAUUACUACAGCUUCAUCAGAGACAUCGUCAACCCGCACGCCUACAAGAACAACAAGUGGUACCUGUUCAACGACGCGGAGGUGAAGCCCUUCGACUCGGCGCAGCUGGCCUCCGAGUGCUUCGGUGGAGAAAUGACGACUAAAACUUACGACUCCGUCACGGACAAGUUCAUGGAUUUCUCAUUUGAGAAGACACACAGUGCCUACAUGCUCUUCUAUAAGAGGGUGGAGCUGGAGGAGGAGAACGGGAAGGACUUUAGCUUUGACGUGUCUCCUGACCUGCUCGAGUGGAUUUGGCACGACAACAUGCAGUUUCUGCAGGAUAAAAAUAUAUUUGAACACACUUACUUUGGUUUCAUGUGGCAGCUCUGCAGCAGCAUCCCCAGCACCCUCCCCGACCCUAAAGCCGUCUCCCUCAUGACCGCUAAGCUCAGCACAUCAUUCGUCCUCGAGACUUUCAUUCACUCCAAGGAGAAGCCCACCAUGCUGCAGUGGAUCGAACUCCUGACCAAACAGUUCAACAACAGCCAGGCCGCCUGCGAGUGGUUUUUGGAUCGGAUGGCCGAUGACAACUGGUGGCCGAUGCAGAUCCUCAUAAAGUGCCCCAAUCAGAUCGUCAGACAAGUGAGUCAUUUAUCCUUGUUUUUUUUUCCUGCCUCCAAAUGUAUUUAACAG